ACAGCUCAGCGAGAGCAGAGUCCCCCCUUAACUGAGCGACAAGUUACUUUUUACGAUUAUUUACUUUGUUAGCAAAAUUUCUUGUCACAAGUAGCACCUUCAGUGCUGACGCAGCAUUACGCCGUCUAGUCAGAAAAAGUGUCUCCGGAGGAUAUCUAUUUUUGGGGGGUUUGUCUGAGAGUUCCUUUCAGGCCAGCUGCAGACAGCGAGAGCAAGAUCCACUAAACCAAAGCAGCUGUUCCAUUUCUAUCCCACCCCACAAUAUGAGGUAGAGGACUUGGGUUCAGGGUCAUUAAUGCUCACACCUGUUGAAGCCCGACCCACAGCUGCACCAGUCGCCCACGAGUAAUCGGAGAUGGAGAAAGGUGGACAGGCAUAUCUUUAGGCAGGAACAAGCAACAGCUCCAUGGAAAGAAACACCCAUUACAAUUCUAUUCUGGACAGAAACAAGCGUAUCGCAUGGCAAGAGGACUGCUAUGUUGACCUCCAGUCUACCCCCACCUCAACUUCCACCAAAGGAGAGAUGGAAGAUGUGGGCUGGAUCCAGAAACAUCAGGGGCAUCUGCAGCGCUUCAUUACCACUCCCCUCCUGGAGGGGGCGCUGUCCCACAUGAGGAAGCUGGAGCUGCUGAGCCAGGGUGAGGAGGCACAGGUACAGGCUGGGGGGCAGCUGCAGGAUCGGGUGGGCACCCUCACCUCCAUCCUGGCCAGCAUGGACCCCCAGGGCUCCAACGCUCUCCAGGCCUUCCUUGAGAACUCUGACUCCCAGAUGUACCGGCUUAUCACGAUGCACGACCUCAUGGUUCAGGAGCACAAGGAGGCUCUUCUGUUGCAGUAUCCCACACCAAGUGACAGCCUCUACCCUGGCCCCUGUAGCCCAGAAUUCUCCUCCUCCAGAAUCUUGCUCCUGGUCGACGGCCUCUCGGACCUCCAGCAGAAGGAGCACGACCUCAUGCAGGUGGAGGCCACCCGUGGGGCGCGGAGACACCACGUCAGACAGCUGGCCCUGGCCAAACUCCUGGAGCCCCUCACACGGGUCAGCCUGCCCCCCAGGGUCUCCCUCACCGUGGGAGUGGCCGGCAUCGGCAAGAGCACCCUUGUGGGACAUUUUGUACGCCUUUGGAGCAGAGGCGAGAUCUGCACGGACGUGAGUUUUGUCUUGCCCUUUGCCUUCUGGGAGCUGAACACUGGGGAGAAGCUGUCGGCCGAAAGACUGGUGAAGCGGGCCUUCCCUCACAUGACGGACCCCAGCCUGGUGCUGAGUGGUACAUGUCGGACAUUGCUGAUCUUCGACGGUCUGGACGAGUUCCGUUGUCCUCUGGACUUCUCGGAGACUGUGCCCUGCACAGACCCCAAGAGGGAGGUGUCGGUGGACGACUUGGUCACCAACAUCAUCCGGGGCAACCUGCUCCCUGAAGCAGCGGUAUGGGUGACCUCCAGGCCGGCGGUGGCCUCGUUGAUUCCUGGGGGACUAGUGGACAGGUUGACCGAGAUCCCCGGAUUCAGCCCGAAGGAAAUCCGGCUGUUCCUGAGCCACAACUUCCCUAAGGGAGAUACUGCCAGUCAGAUAUGGACUCACUUGGAGUCCAACAAGAUCUUCAUGGUGAUGUCUUACAUGCCUUGCAUUUGCUGGAUAGUGGCGGUUACCUUUGGGUACCUGUUGGAGAGUGGCUGGCAGGAGGGUCUUCCCAAGACCUGCACUGAACUCUACUCCCACUUCUGCGCUAUGAGAGCCGAAGCAGGUGAGCCCAGAGGCAGAGAGCCUAUCAAGAUGGACCAGCUUAGCGGAAACAACCGCAAGCUGCUGGGAAGUCUGGGCCGACUGGCCUUCUACGGACUUCUGAAGCACAAAUACACCUUCAGUGAGCAGGACAUGAGGGCCUAUGGAGUAGACCUCCCAUCCACCCAGGGUGGCCUCGGAACUGGAGUACUGAUCCGCGAAGAUUCCCCGAAUUGUGUGGCCUACCGCUUCACCCACCUGACUGUGCAGGAGUUCUUAGCAGCCACAUACUACCACAUCUGCUCCAAACGUGCCAUCUUUGACCUGUUCACCGAGAGUGCCAUGUCCUGGCCCAAGAUCGGCUUCCAGAACCACUUCAGGAGCGCCCUGCAGCGGUCCCAGCAGGCAGAGGAUGGUCACCUGGACGUGUUUGUGCGGUUCCUGGCGGGGUUGCUGUGUCCAGCAGCAGUGCGGCCGCUGGCAGGCCUGCUGGCCCUGGGGAAGGACGAUGGGGGCCAAAGGGUUUGGGCGGCUGGGCUUCUGCAGGACCUCCUGGGCAGCGGUGGUGCUGUGGUGUCACUACGCUCAGUGAACGUGGCCUACUGCCUGCAGGAGCUGCAGCACACAGAGGUGCUACGCAGCGUGGAGGAGGACCUGCGCUGUGGCGGCCUGGGAUGGAAGCUGACACGGACACACUGCACAGCGCUAGCCUACCUGCUACAGGUGUCUCCAGAGUGCAGCGAGGAGACCAACCUGUCGGCAUGUCUGGACUACUCCACUGUCAAAAGCCUGCUGCCUCAGCUGCUCUACUGCAGCCAUCUCAGAUUGGAAAAUAACCAUUUUAAAGAUGAUGUCAUGGAACUGCUGGGAAGCUUACUGAGUGCAAAGGACUGCCACCUUCAGAAGAUAAGUCUGGCAGAGAACGCUAUCAGCAACAAAGGGGCCAAGGCCCUGAGUCGAGCACUACUGGUUAACCGGACUCUAAUUACGCUUGAUCUCCGUAGCAACAACAUUGGAUCUAAAGGCGCCAAGUUUCUAGCAGAAGCCCUCAAAAUGAAUCAGGUCCUGGUGUCCAUCAAUUUCCAAAAUAAUCUCAUUGAGGAGGAGGGCGCUCGGGCCCUGGCUGAGGUGCUGCUGUCCAACCGCAAACUUGUCUCGCUGAAUGUACAGAAGAAUUGUAUUGGAGCAGAUGGAGCCAGGAGGAUUGCAGAAGCGCUAAAGACAAACCGGACACUUACAGAACUAAUUCUGAGCAGUAACCAGCUGGGGGACAAAGGCACUGCAGCCCUGGCCCAGGCCCUGACCGUCAACCACAGCCUCCACUCGCUGCACCUGCAGAGUAACUCCAUCAGUAACAAAGGGAUGACUGCGUUAACCAAGGCUCUCCGGUUGAACCGUGGACUCAUCUGUCUGAACCUGCGUGAGAACUCGAUCGGGGUGGAGGGGGCGAAGGAUAUGGCCAGGGCACUGCAGGAGAACAGCUCUCUCCGGCACCUGGAUCUUACAGCCAACCUGCUGCACGAUGAGGGGGUGAAAGCCAUAGCUGGAGCUGUGAAGGUCAACCGAGCGCUUACUACUUUACGUCUCCAGUGGAAUUUCAUCAAGUGCACAGCCACUAAAUCCUUGGCCCAUGCUCUACUCACCAACUCCACCAUGCAGCUACUAGAUCUACAGGAAAAUGCCAUUGGGGAUGAAGGAGUGGUAGCUCUGGCAGGAGCCCUGAAGACCAAUGCGUCUCUCUGUACAUUGUGUCUCCAGGGUGUAUCAGCAGGCAGGAGUGGAGCCAUCUCAAUGGCCGAGGCUCUAAUGGUCAACAAAACCCUGCACACUCUGGACCUACGAGGGAACUCCAUAGGGAUGGAGGGAGCUAAGGCUUUGGCUAAUGCACUGAAGACAAACCGAACACUCAAAUCAUUAAAUCUGCAGGAGAACUCUCUGGGAAUGGAUGGAGCCAUAUUCAUCGCCACAGCCCUGAAAGGAAACCACCAGCUAACUUAUAUAAACUUGCAGGGGAACGGCAUCGGAGAGUCGGGAGCAAAGGUCAUCUCUGAUGCCAUCAGAACCAACUCUCCAGACUGUGUGGUGGAGAUCUGACCUCAAGGUUACGCCAGAGGUCAAAGGCCAUCGGUCCCCAGGGGCUUAUUCAGGAGGGUUAAACAUUACAGUACAUUGAUAUAUAACAUGUGUUGUAUAGAACCAUCAUUCUCGUGCCAGCUCAAUACUUUGCAAUGUUCUGAACACGGUUCACCCUUCUGAACACAUCCAUUGCCCAUGGAGAAGUCUUUGUCUUUGCAAUGGACAUGUAGAGUAAGAAUUUCAGAGGCUACCCAUCAGCCUGGCUCAUUGGACCUAGCUUCUGACGGACAGCCACAAAGACAAACCGCAGGGAUAUUUGUUGUAGGUCUUAUUUUAAGAUCUAUUACAUUGGUACUGUCGGGGGAAUUGUGUAUAUUAAUACAGACUGACAUUUAAAUAUUAUUUAUGUACAUUUAUUUUCCUAAUAAACAUAUCUUAAAGCAGCUACAUAUACAUUGCCUUUAUAUGAAUUGAAAAUGUGUGUGACAUGACGUAUACAGUUCAUACAGGAUGUAUGAUGUGUGCACCAUACAUACUGGAAGAUACAGUACUGUAGUGUGCAGUGACCCUCACGCCCAGAUGGUAGAUCUCACUAGAUACAGGAAAUCACAUAUAUUUAGCCUACAGUAUAUAGUACUGUAUAUAGUACUGUACUUGAAUUGAUAUUGAGAGAAAGCACAUAGUGCUGAUCACAACCCCCAGAAGAAAGGGUCUAUUACUGGCACAAUGGGAUAUAGAAAAUCUAUAUUUUAUACUACAGCAAGCUUUAGUAUUUCAUGAAAAGAUUAAAGGCCUGGAUUCAAUUAGAUUGAGCGUUAAGCUGCAUAGCAGAUGUUUUGAUGACGUUGGAGGUGUAACUGCGUUAUGAGCCGACACAUAUCGGUAAGCGGUUGCACACGUGUCACAAACCACUCCCUUGUGAUCCCUUCUACGGUUGAAGUUCAAAACAGCACUAGAAAGUGAAUGUUCUAUCCAUGUUAGAAAUAAUGACUCCAAUGUCAAACCAUUUAUGUUGGGCUGAUAUAAGUUUUCAUGUUCAUUUGGAUGGGGAGGGGAUUUAAUAAGCCGAUCAGUCUAAUUCUGUGUUUGAAGUUGUAUGGGUGCAUGGGAUUUGUCGAUUUAUAGUCAGGUGUGGACGUGUGGUUUCGUUAAAUCCAAUGGCAGUGUCUGUGAUAAGGUAACGCAAUGAGCCUCUUGUGGAUUUGAUAGCUCGCAGUUCCCGACACCGCCAAAACAAUACUAUGUGGAUGUCAAUCUGAAUCAUAAGGCCGGAAUUCAAUCCAAUCUUGCUUUGUCAGCUAUGGACCUUUUAAAGGCAAUGUUUCCACGUUCGCAGAGACCAACACUGGAAAUACAUGUCCUCAAAGAUGGAAAUGGAAGCACUGUACGGUCUUUGAUGGAAGGCAGGUGGGAGGAGGCUUUGACCAGGUGGGACCAUUCUAGCCAAUGAGAGUGCCGAUACGCGUGACCGCCGGGCACAACUCAGAUAGAACGUUUUUUUGUUUGUUGCCAAAAUGCCACGUGUAUCCACUUAUGUCAGUGCGUUCGUAAUAACCUAACCAUUGUGAAACAUCAAUUCAAAUACAAAUAAGCCUCACGUAUCAAAAUGAUCAAUAAACACUUUUGUUGACCAAAUUGACUUCCUCACUUCCUGGUCUUAUUUUCACUGAUCGGAUUGAAUCCAGGCUUUAAUAUUCAACAGGACUGUAAUUUGUGCUAGUAUAUGCUUGAAACGUGGCUCUAGGUCAGGCUCUAGGUCAGGGCUGUCCAACCCUGUUCCGCCCACAUGGGACAGAGGACAGAGUGAAGAGGGCCGAAUCAGCAGAGUGAAGGUGAUUUGUCAAAAUGAGUGGCUGUUGCUCCGGCUGCUGGCCAGCAGGAAGUCUCCAAGGUUACGGCCCUGUGUGAGGAGAACUAAGGAGUGCUACUGUAGCUAGCUCUCCUCGUAC